AUGUCGUCCAAAAUAGACACCACGACCACAAUCGAUCAAGAUUCAGAUACCUGCUCUGGUAGCACUACACAUGCAGCAAGUUCUGAGAGCUAUGCAGCCGCACGGCGUAGUUGUAUCGAAGACGUGCAAGCAAUUGCAAAGAACUGCAUGCGUAAUAACGAGCGCUUCACCGAUCCUGACUUUGACCUCAAGAACGACUUUUGGAACCCAAAAGGAUCGCGAAACUGCUUGAAUGGCUUGUUCGCUUCGGUGUCGCGAGACGAUCAGCGAGAGUUGGCGCAAUGGGGUGACGAUAAUCAAUUUCCAGUUUCAGACAUUGUCGAUGGCGUACAUACGGUUGACUGUCGAAGACUACCGGAGAAGAACAUUCGCAUUAGAGCUGGUACUUGGACUAUGGAUCUCAAGCAAGACCCCGAUAAGCAAGACAACGAGCCGAAAUCAGUCCAUCGUAUCAGUGAGACCUUUGGUAGCCCCAUCAUUGCUACCGGCUGUCCUGAACCACUGUACACGUCCACACAAAUGGCACAAGGACAGCUAGGUGACUGCUGGUUCCUUUCUGCUGUCGCUGCUCUUGGUAAUCGCAACGAUCUGCUACAAAAGGUCUGCGUGGCCUGGGACCUAAAGCUGGGAAUCUAUGGAUUCUGCUUUUACCAGCACGGUGCAUGGACACACGUCAUUGUGGACGACUUUCUCUACCUGACAGCGCAGGAUUUCCACACCGCCAACGACAAGAACGACAAUCUGAACUGCGAGAGGUGUGAUUCAUAUCGAGCUGAGAACCAGAGCGGUUCCAAUGCUCUCCAUUUCGCUAAGUGCCAAAACGCGAGUCAGAUCUGGUUGCCUCUCUUGGAGAAAGCCUUUGCUAAGCUACACGGAGACUUCUACGCUCUUAGAGGUGGCAUGCCGGAUGAAGGAAUCGAAGACCUGACUGGAGGAGUCGCAAGUCGUUUCGAUACUCUUAGCAUCAGCGAUCACGAUCGGCUGUGGACUCACACCGUCCGACUUCUGCGCAUUCGGAACCCUUGGGGAAGCAGCAGAAGAGGCCUCUGGCACGGGCCCUGGGCGAGGGGCAGUAAAGAGUGGACACCCUUUGCCAGUCUAUGGCUCAAGAGGUCUGCCGAUGAUGGAGUCUUCUACAUGACUUUCGAGGACGCACUGAAAACCUUCCAGACACUGCACAUUGCACGAAUUUUCAACGAGACAUGGUCAAGCUGCCAAGCAUGGACUGAGCUCAGUGUUAGCUGGAUUCCCCAGUACAACAAUGUCUAUUUUCAGCUUGAAGUGACAUGCGACACGGAGACCGUUCUGUCCUUGCAGCAAAACACAUAG